UAUACAACGUGUACUGUCGUGUUGCGUUUUGCGUAGCCAUCUUUCUUUCUCUCUUUCUCGCUCGUAGUUUUUUUUUUUCACUCUUCCCAACCAAUCGAAAACUCAAUCGCUUCAAUUCACCGUUCCUCUUCCACCACCAUGACUCGCAACAACCCAGAUGAUGAGAAUGUAAAAAGGCCUUCAUAUUUUCAUUUGCCAUCACUUGAUGUCUCUCAGGCAUUUCCACAAGCAACUCCUGCCUCUACUUUUCCUCCCUGUGCUUCAGAUUAUUUUCAAUUGGAUGACUUGUUGACUUCGGAGGAGCGGGCUGUUAGGAUGAAAGUGAGAAAGUGUAUGGAAAAAGAAAUUGCUCCAAUAAUGACCAAGUAUUGGGAGAAGGCCGAAUUCCCGUUUCAUGCUAUUCCAAAGCUUGGCGAACUGCGUAUUGCUGGUGGCACAAUCAAGGGUUAUGGUUGUCCCGGUAUUUCCAUAACUGGAAAUGCUAUUGCUACAGCAGAAGUUGCUAGAGUUGAUGCAAGCUGUUCAACUUUUAUUUUGGUCCAUUCAUCCUUGGCAAUGCUAACUAUUGCUUUAUGUGGGUCUGAAGCUCAAAAGCAAAAGUAUCUACCUUCGUUGGCACAGCUAAAAACUAUAGCAUGUUGGGCUUUGACUGAACCUGACUAUGGAAGUGAUGCUAGUGCUUUGAAGACCAUAGCGACCAAGGUUGAAGGUGGCUGGAUCCUCGAGGGCCAAAAACGGUGGAUAGGAAACUCAACAUUCGCUGAUUUGUUGGUUAUCUUCGCAAGGAAUACCUCAACAAACCAAAUAAAUGGAUAUAUCGUACACAAGGAUGCACCUGGUUUAACUGUCACAAAAAUAGAGAAUAAAAUUGGACUUAGAAUUGUACAAAAUGGAGACAUUGUUAUGAGGAAAGUUUUUGUCCCUGAUGAGGACAGAAUAGCAGGAGUAAAUUCUUUUCAGGAUACAAACAAGGUACUCGCUGUUUCGCGUGUGAUGGUUGCUUGGCAACCUAUUGGUAUAUCAAUGGGCAUCUAUGAUAUGUGUCACAGGUACCUAAAGGAGAGGAAACAAUUUGGAGCACCAUUAGCAGCUUUCCAAAUCAACCAACAGAAACUUGUUCAAAUGCUCAGUAAUGUUCAAGCCAUGAUUCUUGUUGGUUGGCGUCUAUGCAAGUUGUAUGAAAGUGGUAAAAUGACCCCUGGUCAUGCUAGCUUGGGGAAGUCAUGGAUCACAUUGAGAGCAAGAGAAACAGCUGCUUUGGGGAGAGAAUUGCUUGGUGGGAAUGGAGUUUUGGCAGAUUUUCUAGUGGCUAAGGCAUUCUGUGACUUAGAGCCUAUCUACACGUAUGAAGGCACAUAUGAUAUCAACACUUUAGUUACAGCCAGGGAAGUUACUGGUAUUGCCAGCUUUAAGCCAACUACUCAAAGAAGUAGAAUGUGAAAGUGUAAAAGUGUUCCUCUACAGACACACCAUUGGAUUCCAUUGGUUUAUAUUUCUGUAAUUAUACCAAAACAGAAGCAUUCAAUAAUAUCCAUAAAAUGUUUCUACAAAGCAGUUCAAUAAAAAAAUGACUAUAUUGGAUAUUCUUCUUUUUUCUUUUUUUCUUUUGUUGUUGAAUGCUAUGAAGAACAAGCUUCUGGAUCACAUGUUUUCCCCUUUAUAUAACAUUUUCAUUUUCAUUUCUGCA